AUGGAGACGCCGCUUUUGGCGGAGGAGGAGGAGGACGAGCUGGAGAUGGCGAAAGCGUGGAAGGCGGUGGAGGCGGUGCGCGUCAGCGCGGAUCUGCCGGCGGCCGCGAAGCAGCUCAUCACGCUGCUGCGCCGCGUCGACCAGAACGGCCGGCUGUACGCCGGGCCGGCCGUUAAGGACGCCAUUAGGAGGUACGAGCAGUGUUGGCUGCGCAUGGCGUACGGGCAGACGGACGAGGUCAUGCGCACGCUACAGCCGCCGCUGGACGUGCAGUGGGUGUGGCUCGUGCACCGCCUCAACCCCCCCUCUGUCCUUCCGCCCAGCCUCCAUUCGCCUUCCACCCCUCCUGCCCUCCUAUCCCAGGAGGCGUAUGCAGAGGACUGCAGCACGAUUCUUGGUCGGCUGUUAGACGGGGCGAUAUUCGACGCGGAUGAUGACGAUGUGGGCACGUAUGCAGAGGACUGCAGCACCAUUCUGGGCAGGCUGUUAGACGGGGCCAUCUUUGAUCCGGAUGACGACGAUGUGGGCAGUGAGAGCGCGCGCGGGGAGGCAGCAGCCACGGCCGCGUGCAGGGCGCUCUGGGAGGAGCUCUUUCCCUUGGAGCCCUACGACCCCCCCGCCCUUGCUGCUCCUGCUGCUGCCGCUCCUGCUGCUGGGGAUGCUACUGGGAAUGAUGCGGGUGAUGCUUCUGCAGGUGGUGUUGGGGAGGAGAGGGAGGAGGGGAGUGGAGCAGCGGAAGGAGAAAGUGCAGCAGCAGCCACAGGUGGUGAUGGUGGUGGGGGUGGUGGGGCGGCGAGGCAGGGCAAUGGAGCAGCAGCGCCGCCAGAUGCAGCAGCAGCAGCAGCAGCAGCAGCAGGGGUGCCACCAGCUCUGCCCCCCUCGCUCCCCUCUGAACUAACUUAUGACCUUGAAGCGGCUGUGGCCCGCCAGAGCAGCUUUUUCUACCAGGUGGAGCGGCCGUGGAUGCUAAAGCGGCAGUACCUGCAGGGGUCGCUGCAGCGGUACCGCAUGUUCCUCAACCUCGUCAUGCUCAACCGCGGGGUGUUCCUCACCCCCACCUAUGACAUCGACCUGCUCUGGCAUGCUCACAUGAUGUGUGCAGCAGCAUACACCAAGGACAGCGACUGGCUGCUCAGCCGUCUGCUGGGCCAUGAUGAUUCCGACGCCAUGCCAGUGGCUGCAGCGGCAGCAGCAGCCGCUUCUACCUCCAACACCAUCGACAGCAACACGCGGAAGCGCCUCGAGUGGGCCUACCGAGCCACCGCGCAGCUCUGGGACCGAACCUACGGCUCCCCUUUCGACCGCGCCGGAGCUAUGUUUCGAGGCCCGGCGCCCGUGCCUAUCCCGCCACCGCCGCUGGUGGCGCCGCGACGGGUGUUGCCUUUGGAAGGAGGGGAGGGGGAGUUUACGGUUGCAGAGUUGAAUGCUGGGAGGGGGUUGGAACCGCGGAUGACUGUAGAGGUCGAUUUCAUGGUGUGGGGUUUGCUCAAUUUCCAUGCCGACAAGCCCGAGAAUCUCUUUCUCAUGAUCCGGACGAAACGCGCUGCCCAUGAUUUCUCGCUGCGCACGCGCUCGCUGCCCGCCCGCCCUGGCUGCCGCCCGCCAGCCUGGCGGCAACGGUGGGCGCUGGAAGCUGAGGUGGCGACAGCAGGGUUGCAAUUCGAGCUACGAGCUGAAUCAGGGACUUUCUGGGGCGGGUUAUGGGGCCCGAGAAUAGUGGGGAGUGGAGGUAUUACCUGGGAGGAGGUGUUAUCUCGCCCGGCUCUUCUGGUGGAUAGACAGGUGGCGCUGGCGCCUGUUGAUCUGCUCACUGCUGUGGGGAUCAGGGGGGACGGGGACGAUGCGGCAGGGGGGAAUAAGGCAGCAGGAGCAUCGGGGGGAGCGGAUGGAUCGGGGGGGGGGAGCGGGGCGGGAGCGGGGGCGCUGGUGGUGAGUGGGGGAGGGGGGAAGGCGAGUGAGUUGCCGCGGGUGCAUGUGGCGGUGUCCCUCACACCCCCCACACCGGCGCCUUACCUGCUGAGGACAGUGUUCAUGCGCGGCACUGAUGACAACGGCGCCAUGAUCUGUGAAGAGAUAGCCGUGCAGAGGGACUUUCGACCGCAGUACGGCCGGUGGGGGUCGCGCACGGUGUACAACCACGAGGACAAGGAGGUGUUUGUUAUACGCAAGAGGGUGGCCAAGGGUACAUGGCAUGCGCGCUAUCGGCCUCUGCCUGUGGAACCAAAGGAGAAAGUCAUUCUCUUGCACCAGGGUGGGUGGCGCUACAUCGAGACCGACCCUGUCCCUCUACCCGAGCCAGAGCCACCGCACCUGCGGGUGGGGGUGGUGCGGGGGCCGGUGGUGGCGCAGGCGGUGCCACAGGCGUCGGAUGACUACGAUCAGAUUCAACGGUUCUGCUUGCUCGACUGCCUUCCCAACGGCCGCACUGCCACGGUCACCAUCGAGCGUCGACGCGACGCCACGAUUUUCAUCCAGGGGAUAAAGCUGACACUUGAGGAGGAAGGGACCAGCCGGCAGGUGCUGCUGCUGCCAGGUCGUCACCACAAGUACAAGGUCCCAGGAGCCCCUUCAGUGGAAGACCUAGGCUUCGCAACGCUCAUCCGCUUCCCUCCAGAUGCCCCUCACGGCCGCGCCACAGCCCUACUCAACUGGAAGGGGGCAGCCAUGGAGGUCGCACCAGAUGAGUCUGUCCCCCUCGUGCUGCUGCUCUGCACAUGCCUCUCCGAGGCUAUUAAUGAUAUGGCGGGAAUCAACCGCGUCAGAAGGUUCCGGCGCCUACCAUUGGCCGAUCCCGACCCGGCUAAUCACUGGGGCGCGCUGAGCAUAUCGAGGGACACAGUUGGCGGGGCGGCGGCAGCUGCGGCGGCCAAGAGUGGCGAGGAGGAGUUUUCGUUUUCGAGUGUGGAGAUGAGCCGGCAGAAGUGGUGGAAUAGGAGGCCGCUGCGGUUUGCAGUGGGGGCUGGGAGCUGUGGCGCUGGCGCCUGUGGGCCCAGUUGCACUGGCCCUGUUGACAUCUUCAGUGGGUAA